AUGAUUGGUACGACUCAUGAAUCCAUGUUUUUCAUUUCACAAGUUGGUUCUAAUACCGCCAAUAAUCACGAUGACUAUCCAUGGAAAGACUAUGUCGAUCAACGAUUUCGAGAUAUACCAGUGAUUCGCGUACAAUCAUUUGAACAACAUGCAAAUACAUUGUAUGCUAUUCAGAAAAAAGAUGCUCUUAAAUUAGAAAAUGAAUUACGCGAAAAAGACUAUCGUCUAUUAUCAUCGUCUCAAAGUUUCAUGCAAUAUGCUUGUCAUAAAGAUGAACUUUAUACAAAAGCUGAUGGAUACAUGUUACGAACGCAAGCAUAUACUGAAAUAACAAACUUCAAUCAACCGAAUAAUAAUGAAACUGUUCAACAUCUCUUGAAUAUACAUACUAAUCGAAUUAAAUCUUUACUCGACUAUUUUUAUGACGAACAAGCGAUUACAUCAUUUCAAUAUGAACAAAUGCAUGUUGAACGUUCCGUCUGUCAAUUAGAUUAUCUUUUCUUUACUCCUGAUAUCACACAUCCAAAUGGACAAGUUACAUUUGAACCUAUCACGAUAUCAAGCUUAAGUCCAUUUAUGCCUAUUUGUCGAUAUUUACAUCGUUUACUCGCUCCGAUCUAUUAUAAUAAAGUAGCUUGUUUCAUUACAAUCGAUAAAGGUACCGAUAUAAUACCUAGUCUAGAACACUAUCAACAACAAGGUCAUUUAAAACCUACGACUCAUCUGAUUACACUUCAUAUGAAUGAUCUGUAUACAUCAAUUACGCAUGAAAGCUUACUAAAAACUUUAAAACGUUUUCUAUCGGAAUUCGCUGUCGAAGGUACGAUUCAAGGUAUGACCCACGCCGCUAUUCUUACACUAACUGAAUGUCUUCUUCAUCAUCAAUAUUUUGUGUAUCGCAAUUGUAUCUUUCGACAAGUGAAAGGAGGUGGUACGGGCCUCUAUCUUAUACAUAUUCUCAUCGAAAUUUAUUUAUUCUAUUGGCAACAACCAUUAAGAAUGUAUCAAAAUCAACGUGAAAUUUUCGUACGUUGUUUCGAUCAUUUAUUUCUAACAUGGAACGAACCACUAGAGAAACUUGAUGAAAUUUUAAAUAUGAUGGAUCAUUUUGAAACAUCAAUUUCGUACCAAAUCAAUAUACAAAUAAAAGAAAUUCGUUAUCUUGAAGUUAAAAUUAGACAUCUCGAAGAUCAUACAUUCUAUACCUCGAUCUAUCAUGACUGGAAGUAUGAACCAUUUGCUUUGCCUAUCCUGAGGAAUACAUUGUCACUUGCACCACCGUCUAUUUUUCGACUGGCUCUCGUACGUGCUGUUCUAUGUUAUUCACAACUUCAAGACUUUGAUAUUGAACAACAAUAUAUUGAAUAUUCAUUUUUAUUUCAUCGAUAUUCUUUUAAAUCUAUACGUGCAUUAGUCAAAGAAUUUCUUUGUGAGUUCAACGCUACUGAUCUAUUAGUAUCACACAAUCAAAUGACGUAUGAUAAACUUCGUCAAGCUGUUCUUGAAUAUCGUCAACACAGAUUAGAACUACAACGCGAGCGUCUUGAUGAAGACCAGAAAGCAUGUAUUUGGUAUAUUCAUACACGAUUAAAAGGUGCUGCCUUAUCUCAUGCCAAACGAAAUCCAAUUCAAUUGUUACCAGAUUGCUUUCAAAAUUUUUCAGAUAGUUUGAAAGGCAUCAAACUUGAAAUUAUUGGUAUACCCAAUUAUCCAUCUAAUACAUUAUAA